CAUCACUAAAAUGCCAUCACCUUCUUCUUAUAUAUACCUCCUCUCCUUGCCCCCAACAAACCAGAAUCAGAAUUUCUAAAGCAAUCAGAAUUACUACUCGAUCACAAGUCAUAACUUACGUUCGAAGCUCAUACAUUCAAUCACAAUGUCUCUCAUUCCGGGAAGCUUUUUCGGCAACGGUCGACGGAGCAACAUCUUCGACCCGUUCUCUCUCGACAUCUGGGACCCCUUCCAGGACUUCCCGUUGAUGAACUCGCGCCCGGCUCCGCGCUCUGAGACUGCUGCGGUGGCGAACACACGCAUCGACUGGAAGGAGACGCCGGAGGCGCACGUGUUCAAGGCGGAUCUUCCAGGGCUGAAGAAGGAGGAGGUGAAGGUGGAGAUGGAGGAAGGGAAUGUGCUGCAGAUCAGCGGCGAGCGGAAAGUGGAGAAGGAGGACAAGAGCGACAAGUGGCACAGGGUGGAGAGGAGCAGCGGCAAGUUCUUGAGGAGGUUCAGGCUGCCGGAGAAUGCCAAGGUAGAGGAGGUGAAGGCGGCGAUGGAGAAUGGGUUGCUUACUGUCACUGUGCCAAAACAAGAGGUCAAGAAGCCUGAUGUGAAGGCCAUUCAGAUUUCUGGCUAGACGGCUAUCUAAGGUGACCGGCUUAUUCAAUGGUGUAAUGGUUGUGGAAUAAAGCUAGGUCGAGGUGUGAGUGUGGUGAAUCUAAGAGGUUAUGUAAUGGAAUUUGCUUAUAUAUGUUGUAUUGCGCUCUUUGUUGGGUUUUGGUUGUUCGGAUCUUUGAAUCUAUAAUGUGUAGUUUGAAGCUAAUCAAUAAUAUUCAGAUCUGUUUUU